AUGAUAAUAAAUCAAGAAGAAACAAACGAAAAUAAUUGUGAGCGAGAACCUGUGGAGGAGAAAGAAGAGUCACAUAAUGAACAUGUAGAUGAGGAACACUUUGAUGUUCAGGAACCUAUUGACCAGAGAGAUAAUGAGAAUGGAGAAGAAGAAAGCAAACAUGAUUCAAAUGCAGAUAGUGAUAGUGAAUCCGAUGAUGAUAUUAAUGUUGUUAUAGGAGAUAUCAAAUCAGGUCCUUCAUAUGCAGGGAUAAAUGUGAAGCAAAGGGCACCUCUACUUGCUGCUGGUGCUCCGAAUGCGAUAAACCUAAACAGGUACAAGGAAAAUUUAUAUUGA